UAGAACUACAGAAAAAGUUGGGUCUAUCUGUUUUCAAGAUUGGAUGUGCUCAGGCAGCAAAGAACAAAUGGGUUGAAAUGGGGAAGCAAGUAAUAUCCAGAAAGGUUCAACAUGUUGAUGAUUAGGUGAAAAACUUGCUUCUGCAGAUAAAAGAUGGAAAGAACGUGGAAAGGCUACUCAGUGAAGAAGGGUCCUAGUUACGCUCCAAGAAGGAAAAAGGCUGCUACAGAUUUAACGCGGGAAAAUCUUCAGAGGGGCAUCUGGAGAGAACUAGAGUUCAAGGAGUAUAACUUCAAUGCCAAAGGUCAGCCCCUUGAGUGUGGUCAUCUUCAUCCAUUGCUCAAGGUUCGGCAGCAAUUGAAAAAUAUUUUUCGUCAAAUGGGGUUUGAAGAGAUGCCUACCAAUAACUUUGUCGAGAGCAGCUUCUGGAACUUUGAUGCAUUAUUCCAACCCCAACAACACCCUGCCCGUGAUGCACAUGAUACUUUCUUCUUGCAAGCUCCUUCCAGCACGAAGGAACUUCCUGAAGAUUAUGUGGAGCGGGUGAAGCAGGUCCAUGAGAAUGGUGGUUAUGGAUCCAAAGGAUAUGGAGAUGAUUGGAAAAGAGAGGAAGCAAAUAAGAACCUACUACGAACUCAUACAACUGCUGUGUCCUCCAGGAUGUUAUACUUGCUUGCACGGAAACCGUUUGCUCCCAAAAAGUACUUCUCGAUAGACCGUGUUUUCAGAAAUGACGCAGUAGAUAGAACCCAUCUUGCUGAGUUUCACCAGAUAGAAGGGUUGAUAUGUGAUCGAGGACUUACUCUUGGAGACUUGAUUGGAGUAUUGUAUGACUUCUUCUCUCGUCUAGGCAUGUCCAAGCUCCGCUUCAAGCCCGCUUAUAAUCCAUAUACUGAACCCAGCAUGGAGAUUUUCAGUUAUCAUGAAGGCUUUAAGAAAUGGGUAGAAGUUGGAAAUUCAGGAAUGUUUAGACCUGAGAUGCUACGUCCUAUGGGGCUUCCAGAGGAUGUCCGUGUUAUUGCAUGGGGUCAUUCGCUCGAGAGGCCAACCAUGAUCUUGAUCUUGUAUGGUGUUGAUAACAUUCGGGAUCUGUUCGGCCACAAGGUGGAUCUUGGUCUUAUGAAGAAGAAUCCGAUAUGCCGCCUUGGAAUCGAUGCCUGUUGAGCUAACCAAAACUCAGUAAGCAAAUACAAGUGUCCCAAUACCUAUUUGUUCUGUCGUUUAGGUUGUUUUUAACCAGCGAAUGGCCAAGUAUUCGCUCAUGUCGCUUUUCAUGGUAAGUGCUCAAUCAAUUACUUCUCAGGUACACGAAAAAACUAUUGCAUGACACCUCUGUAACACUUACCAUUUUUAGGAAUUUGAUUGUCAAAGACGAGUAGCGUAGCCUUGAUUUCUUUGUUUAUACGACUGAGGUGCCAUAUUCUUUUUAUAUUUAAGUUUUGGAAGGAAAUUGAUUAUUUGCUGC